AACAAGAAAAGAAAUACGAUCCAUCUAUGCCUAUUUCACUGCUUGAGGUUCAUGAUGUUUUCUACGACAAAGACAAGUCUCCACACUGUUCAACUGAAGCCCAUAAGGAGUGUACUGAGAAUGCUUCUGGACAGCAAAGCAGGGAAAGAUGUAGCAAUGGCAACAAUUCAUUCUGUCCGAGAUCAAGUGAACACCAAUUUUCAACAAACUCCAUUCAUGCCGAGGAUUCGUGGACUCCAAAUAAGCGAAGAAAGUUAGAUGGUCAACUAAGUCUCAGACUAUCUUCUUCACCGGGCUUGAGGGUGGAUGAUGUCUUGCAAUCAGAUGUCAGGGAGGGCAUAAUAGGCGAAAUGAAUCAGAAUAUGGAAUGCCACCUGUCUGAAAGACCUCAAUCUUCGUAUCAGCGGCCAGUUGAGAAGGUUGUACAUGAAUUAGAAGAGAAGGAUGACAGUCUGCAUGCCAUAUUCACUUUGAUGCAUGAAAAACUAGGACAUUCUUUAGUCUCAGGCUCGACUAAGCUGCAAAAUGGAUAUUCCGAAGAUAGUUUGUUGGAGGAUACAAAAUUGGCAGAUCCCACUGGUGUUCUCUCUGAUGCAAGAAGGGAGCUAAAAAAUGAAGAAAGCCAAUUACCAUUGCAUGUUGAAGACCAACUUGAACUUGGAACAAAAGAAAAUAACACCGCUUCCAAGAAUUCCAUGGAAGAGAGAGAAAUCCUACUACCUGGAAAUGACAAGUCCUUGUCUUAUGCAGUUGAUUCUCAAUGUAGAAAAAUCAUUGAUAUGAUUGGCACUAAUCAAAUAAUGCCCGAAUAUGAGGGAUUCAUUGUGCAAACAUUUGAUGAAGACUCAUGCAUCGCUGGAGACAGAAUUAGCAUUGACAAACUGAACCUUCCAUCCACAACAUUGGAACGUGUUGGUAUUCUUGAACAGCUAUGCAAAUCCUCUUGCUUGCAUACCUCAUUAUCUGAAAUCUCAGCUACUUGCAAAUUGAACAGACCAGAAAAUUUAACCCAGUCCAUUCAUAAUGGCCUUCUUGAGGGCAUGGACCUGAGGAGCACCUUUUCUAUCGACGGUGAUACUAGCAAUUAGAAACUAGCUACAGUUGCAUGAAUAAGGAUGCCAACC